AUGGAGAGAUCCGCCAGCCUGUACCGCAGCAGCGUGGCCCUGCAGCAGCAUAUCAGCAAUCGAUGUGGAACGCCCGAUGACCCCUACAGGCUGACUCGGUUUGAGGGGGCGAUCGUGGCGUCUGUACUUGAAGAUACCAUCAAGGAGUUACACAUUUUCAUGUCGUGCAGUAACGAACUGCAAGUGGCACAAGCCUUGAUGAAUUUGGAUAAACUCCGCGCCCUGAAGUACCAGGUGGAACAGCCGGCCGAGUGUGACGAGCUGGCGGACAUCGACCCUCGGAAACUGGGCUCCGAGGAGUAUAAGCUGAAGAAACUGUUCGCUGAUAGGAAUUUCAUCUGCAAUGUCUUAGAUGAAACUUACUUGAACAUAGUCUCUAGUAAGAACUACGAAGUGCUUGUGGAGAAAAUACAGAAAAUCUUGGCUGACAAGUCACACCGUGAGUUCUUAAUUCAAGAGGAAUGUAAUAACAGGCUUUUAAAACGAGAUCUCAACCGCCAAUGCCGUCAGCAACGCAACCACAUAAAAUCCGCCACAUACGACGCUGACUGCACCAUUACUCAACUGAGGACUAAAGUUGAAGAUGCAGCACUAAACGCGGCGGUUCGCAGCAGAUACGUGACCAACUGGCAGGUCGCUAGAACUGAACAGCAUCACCACUUGAUCAACGAGAAGGAGUCGUCGAAAGAGACCAGCAUUGAGCUCUUCAAGCAGCGGUUUGAUCAGGAGCAACGUGUUCAUGCCGAGAUUGAAAUGCUGACCACCAUAGACACCAAUGACACGUUAACUAAAGUUGAACAAUGGAUGGAGAAAUAUGACAAGGACAUAGAAGCGGUUGAUCUAAAAAUACAGAUCAUGAAGAACAACCAUGUCGUGCAGAAGGAACAGCGGGAGCAUCUUGAAGAAACGAUUGAGGAGCAUGAUAAAUUGAUGAAAAAUUGGUUGAAAUUCAAAAAAGAUCGUGAGGACGCACGAUUGUAUCGCGAAAAGAUGACCAACGCCGCGAUCGUCGUGCAAGCCUGGUGGCGCGGCAUUCUUGUGCGGAAUCAACUCGGUCCGUACAAGCCUCAGCCUAAAAAGAAAGGUGGCAAGAAGAAGUAA